AGUAAUCUAUUUACCAGGGCAUGAAUCCUGGUGCUUUCCCGAGUCUUGUCAGAUCGAGAUUCAGGCUCGACACCCCACCACACCUCAUAUUGCACCGCUGACGCCCAUCCAUCCAUCGCAUUCAGCAGCGGCGCCUCUUGACCAUGUAAUACGAGUCCCGGACCCUUCGAAAAUGUCGCCGUAUCAGCAUAUCUUCUCUGCGAACGCCGUGCUCAAUGUUUGGCGCAACCUGCGCAACACACGCGACCCGAACGACCUAUUCCUUACCGUCCAGUACCAUCCGGAUGACAUACGCGGCCCUAGGGAUACCCCCAGAAAAUUUGGCAAGAGCAAUGUGGUGGAAACAAAGAGCGAUGAGACUGGGCGGCGAGGGACAGUGGAUGGCAGGGGGGCCCCGGAUGGGCGGAGCAUAGGCUUCGUCGUGCCAUGGCGGAGUAUGCAAGCACAGAAGAAGGAGUUGAAAGAGAAGGAGAAAGAGCUGGCAGAAGCGCUUGUUGUGCUAGCAGGAGAAGUAUCAUACGCCGACCUUCCACCAGCACUCCAGGCAUCAUUCACGCAAAACCCUCUUGUUCAGGUGCGGCAUCUAGCUGCAGGGCUCUCGCGUCAAAUGUCCAAGAUCGAAAUCCAAAUGGCCGACAAUGCGCCGUUUGCGCAAGGCAAGAACCUUUACACAGGCGGAGAACUCAUCCGCAAAUUCCUCUCGCCCAUACAAACCCUCUUCGAACAAAAACCCGUUCCCUACCGCAUGAUCUUCGAACUCCUCAUGGAACUCAAGGACCUCGCCUAUGGCGGAAUGACCAGCUGCGAAAAGGAAGUGUUGGAAUGGGAGCUCAACAACUUCUCCUCGUUCGAAGAUCUGGACGAAACCAUGUUCCGCGCACUCACUCAUUUACCCUCAUCAGAACCCUCCUCCCCCAGCAGAUCAUCUACCGCCCGAAGACUCCUGAGACAUAGACCUUCAUCGCUCUCCACCUCGGCCAUCACCACCACCUCUUCUCCACGAUUCUGGCUCGCUGACACCGACGAAUCGCUCUACCAUCUGGAAUCCUUAGAAGCGACAGCAUCCGCAAUGACACACCUCGCGAUCCCCGUGACCGACUUCCUCGCCAAGUCAACUAUAACAUUACGCCGCACACUUCCACGGCCCACGCUUAACGAUCAUAGCAUGGAGAAGCGUCGGCGUACGGGACGCUGUGCGGAAUACGCGCGCUGUAGCAAGUGGGCGGGCACGAGUUGGCGGCAGGGCGGCGGGUGCCGGCGGGGUUGCAAGAAUGAAGAUGAAGAUCCUGAGGGCUUGCCUAGUUGGCACAGUAGUAGUCGGUGGUUUGACGAGCGUGGGACGUAUAUGGUUGGGGGUGGCAAAGGGGAUGUGCGUGGGGGAAAGGAAGUGGAAAGGUUGGUGGAGGUGUAA